ACUGACUCAGCAGGGACGGCGGACAGGGGUCGGAGGCCCAGGAGGCGGUGGGGCUGGCUGGAGCUAGCGGGGCCACUGUGACCCCGCAGGCCCCCGACCGACCCCGGACAUGGGGCGGAGCGCGCGGCCGGCUUCGCGGCGCCGGGGGGGUUCGGUCCUACCGACGGGGCGGGGCGGCCCCUUGCGGGUUUAGGGCGCCGGACCAGCACUAACGCGCCGGGCAGCAAAUCUUUUGUCCGGCGCGGCGCUGAGCCAGCAGGGCUGUCGCCGGCUAUAUAGGGGCCAGCCGCCGGCGGGGCGGGCACACCAUGGCGCAGCGUUCGGGAAAGAUCAUCCUCUAUGAGGGCAAGCACUUCACCGGGAGGAAGCUGGAGGUCUACGGGGACUGUGACAACUUCCAGGACCGAGGUUUUAUGAACCGGGUGAACUCCAUCCGCGUGGAGAGCGGCGCCUGGGUCUGCUUCGAUCACCCCGACUUCCGGGGCCAGCAGUUUAUCCUGGAGCACGGAGACUACCCCGACUUCCUCCGUUGGAAUGGCCACAAUGACCACAUGGGCUCCUGCCGCCCCAUAGGAAUGCACGGGGAGAACUUCCGCCUGGAAAUCUUCGAGGGCUGCAACUUCACCGGCCAGUGUCUGGAGUUGCAGGAAGACUGCCCUUUCCUGCAGAGUCAGGGCUGGUCCAAGAACUCCGUCAACGCCAUCAAGGUCUACGGGGACGGAGCGUGGGUCCUGUACGAGGAGCCCAACUACCGUGGCCGCAUGUACCUGGUGGAGCGGGGGGACUUCCGCAGCUGCUCAGACUGGGAGGCCCACAACGCACGCAUCCAGUCGCUCCGCAGAGUGGUCAACUACUUCUAGCCCGCCUGGACCCCCGCCAUGCCUGGGGAUAGGGGCAGCCCCUUCCACCCCCUGCCCCCGGGGGCUCAGACCCUCGGGAAUAAAAAUCAGAGAAAUGCAGAGCUGAGCUGGCCUGCGUGAUUUCCCUGCCCCUCUCUGACACAGGGCAGCCGGUGGGCACCCAGGCCCCAGGCAGGGGGCUGCCAGAACUCAGGGCAGGGAGCUGGGGGGACCAGGAAGGGCGGCAGGGGCACUGUGAGGGGAACACAAGAGCUGGAAGCGGUCUAAAGGUUACAGAGUCGAAUGCUUUCCCUUAACUCGUGAA